AUGGUGCACUACAACCAGACGUACGCAAAGACGAUCCAGCAAUUGACGCUGCGUCCCUCUCGCUCGAUCCUCGUACCCGAAUCGAAGGGAUCUUCAGCACGAGCCGAUGGAGCAGCCCCAACGGACGACCCUCUGCUCGUAGUUUGCCUUCGCGACGCCUUCUUUUCUGACAUCGUCGGUCUCGCUAGGAGCUUUUGGAACUCGAAUGAAGGCGCCGAGUACAUCAACCAGCUUCUCAUCAAGAGCAUCAAGAGCGAAGAUGGCUCGUCCAAGAGCUCUGGCGGUCUCGAGGAAGGCUUCACUACGCAAGAGUCCAUCCAGCUUGCCACCGCCGACAAAUACUACGCGCUAUCCGCCUGCUCUGCGCUGUUCAAGCACUUCGAAAUGACGGGCACCGCCAUGCUCAGUCGCAGCUCUCUGAAGAUCGUCUACAUGCCACCAGAGGGCACCAUCUACCUCGAUGCUUCUGCAAUCGAACACCUCGACUUGCUCCCCUUCGGCGACAGUAACGCCUCUGCCACGCUCUAUGGUCUUUUGAACAAGUGCAGAACACCCAUGGCAUCCCGCAUGCUCAAGAUGAACCUGCUCCAGCCCUUGACCGCAGUCAGCACCCUCAAUGCUCGCUUAGACGCGGUUGAGGAGCUGGUUGAGGCGCCAGAGCUUCGACAUGCCAUAAUCCGCAGUCUCAAAACUUUCGAGACGUCCAAGCUUGACGUGGACCGACUGAUUGCAAGACUCGUCAGCACGCACAAGCAGAAGAGAGGCGGUCGGACCGACACGCAGGUUGCUGACGAGUUGCUCGGCAUCCUGCUUGCCCUCAGGAGCAGCUUGCACGCUCUCGAGCAGCUCAAACUCUCAGUCCAAGGCGCCAAAAGUCCGCUCGUCCGUGCAAUCGGUGGCAUCCUCUCCGACGCCGAGCUAACCGAUAUCCUCGACAUCCUCUGUGACUCGCUCAACGAUGACAUUGGGCAGGGGAAAGGCAGCCUGCAUUCUCGCAACGCCAAAGUCUACGCGGUCAAGUCCAACUGCAAUCCUCUCCUAGAUGUAGCGCGCAAGACGUACGACGAGAAUGUCGAGGACAUCUAUGCGCUUGCGAAGGAGAUUGGCGAGCGACACGGCUUGCCUCUCAAUCUCAAGCUGGGUGGUAAUGGCUUCUCGCUCCAUGUCAAGGUCGAAGACAUGCGCUCUAAACCUCUUGCUGCGGAGUUCGUCGACGUGGUCAGAGACAAGCGCGGCAAGACUAUCACGAUGAACACGCUACAGCUCAAGAAGCUUGAUCGCCGCUUGAACGACUCGCAUAACGAAGUGCUUCUACUGGUCAAUAGCACUGUCCGGCAGCUCUGUGAGGACGUGGUGGAGAAGGUCGCGAUCCUAUACAAGGCGUCCGAAGCGGUAGCUCUCGCCGACGUCUUCAGCUGCUUUGCCGACCUUGCUGCCUCUCAGCACUACGUUCGCCCCGACUUUAGUGCCGACACCCUAGCCAUCAAGUCCGGCCGACAUCCAGUCCUCGACGACCUCACCACAGGCCACGCAGUCCCCAAUGACACGUACGCGGACGAGUCCUCGACCUUUUUCCUGAUCACCGGUCCCAACAUGUCAGGCAAGACGACCUACCUCAAGCAAGUAGCUCUCCUCACCAUCAUGGCUUGCGUAGGCUGCUUCGUCCCAGCGCACUUCGCCUCUUUCAGACCCGUGAGCGCCAUCCUCACCAGGCUGGGAAACGACGACGACAUGGAGAGCAACCUGUCCACUUUCGCGGCAGAGAUGAAAAGCGCUGCCUCUAUCCUUUCGCUGGCGUCGCCGAGCGCUCUAGUGCUGAUUGAUGAGCUGGGCAGGGGGACGAGCCCACGGGAGGGUUUGGGUAUUGCACACGCCAUCAGCGAGAGCUUGGCGCGGUCGGGGGCCGUGACCUUCUUUGCGACGCAUUUCGAGGAUCUGUGCGAGACGUUGGAUGGCUUCCCGAACGUGAGCAGCCUGCAUCUGCGAGUGGACGUUUCGAAAGGUGGAAAGCGUAGGGAUGGAGGAGAGGUGGGUCUCGACUUUCGAUAUCAGGUGACGAGGGGACGUGAUGCGAGCACUCUCAACUACGGCCUUGAAGUCGCCAAAAUGUCGGGCCUCCCUACCAGCCUGAUCGAUGAAGCGGCGCAAAUUGCCCUUCACCUGGACUCGCAGAAGGUACCAGGAGAAAGAGCGACCAGAACGAAGCAAGCUGUACGACGGGUUCGCACCAUGCUCAAAUACGCCGGCCAACUCGAGCAGAUCAGUCGCAGCCAGCACAUGGAUGAGGCCAAUCUUGUCGAGCUUCUUGCGCAGCUGCAGGCGGCUUUUAUCACUGAGGCUGCGGAUUGUCUGGGUAUAUCUGCCGAUGGCGAUGAGGUAUCGAUGGAUGAGUAGUACUCGCGGCCGAGAG